AUGGCUCUCCUGGGGGAUAAAAACCUCACUGCAGUGACAGAGUUCAUUUUACUUGGCUUAACAGAUGACCCAGUCCUUCGAGUCAUCCUCUUCAUCAUCAUCUUGUGCAUCUACCUGGUGACCAUAUCUGGAAACCUCAGCACAAUCCUGCUAAUCAGAAUCUCUCCUCAGCUCCAUCACCCCAUGUACUUUUUUCUGAGUCACUUGGCCUUGGCUGACAUAGGCUAUUCAUCGUCUGUCACACCCAAUAUGCUUGUCAACUUCCUGAUGGAGAUAAAUACCAUCUCCUAUCUUGGAUGUAUCAUUCAGCUUAGCUCAGUUUCUUUCUUUGGGACACUUGAGUGUUUCCUUCUGGCUGUCAUGGCUUAUGAUCGAUUUGUGGCAAUCUGUAAUCCAUUGAUUUAUUCAACCAAAAUGUCCACACAAGUCUGUGUACAGUUACUUGUGGGAUCUUAUUUAAGUGGUUUACUUAGUGUUUCCUCCUGUACCUUUUCCUUCUUUUCUUUUGUCUUCUGUGGACCAAAUAUAAUCAAUCAUUUCUUCUGUGAUUUUACUCCCUUAGUUGAACUCUCCUGUUCUGAUGUCAGGGUCCCCACAACUGUUGCCUCAUUUUCUGCAGGCGUUGCUGCUAUGAUCACAGUGUUUGUCAUAGCCAUCUCCUACACCUACAUUCUCAUCACCAUCCUGAAGAUGCGCUCUGCUGAGGGCCGCCAGAAGGCCUUCUCCACAUGCACCUCCCACCUCACUGCAGUCACUCUCUUCUAUGGGACUGUCACAUUCAUUUAUGUGAUGCCCAAUUCCAACUACUCCGCUGACCAGAACAAGGUGGUAUCUGUGUUCUACAUGGUAGUGAUACCCAUGUUGAAUCCCCUCAUCUACAGUCUGAGGAAUAAUGAAAUUAAAGGAGCUUUGAAGAAACAACUUGUAAAGAAAAGAUUGUCUUAG